AUGAAACGGGUGUAUGUUGCUGUUCGAGCACCUUUUAUUGCACGACAAAAGAAAGAAGCGACAGAGGCUUUCAUGGAGGCACUGAUUCCUGAGCCAACUCCCAUUAAUGUUAGAAAGUUUAAGAAGGGCAUAUGGAGGAAGACAGUCCCAAAGGGUUUGAAGAUGAAGAAAUUCAUUCAAUCGCCUGAUGGAACACUUAUUCAUGAUACCUCUUAUGUUGGAGAAGAUGCAUGGGAUGAUGAUGCAAUGCCACCUCAGGAAAAUGUGAAGCAAAUUAUUGAAAAUGAUAAAAGACUAAAUACAGAAGAGAAGAAGGAACUAGAAGAAGAGUUGGGGAUUUCAGGAAAUAAAGAGCAACAAAGUGUAGGAUCAUGGCGUGAAAGGCUCCAAUUAUGGAAGGAAAUCCUCAAUAAGGAGAAAUUGGCUGAACAGUUAGAUGCUUCAAAUGCCAAGUACGCUGUUGAAUUUGACAUGAAGGAGGUUGAAAAUAGUCUUAGAAAGGAUGUGGUGGAAAAGGUAUCAGAAAGCAAUGGAGCAAGAGCCUGUGGAUAUCUAAGAGAUGGUGGCGCUACCGUCCAACAAUCCCCUAUACUUACUUUCAUCAGAAGCUUGAUUCCUCAGAGGCAAGUGUUCGCCUUUUCCAUUAGCUUUUAG